GGAGCCGGGCCUGCGGGCCGCGGAGCCCGAGUGGCAGUGGCCGUGCGCCCGGAGGCAGCGGCGGCGGCGCGGCGGCGACAUGGCCAUUGUCCCCGAGGAUGACUGUCAUCCCGGUUCAAACCCCGCCGACAGAAGCGCAAGCAGCUCUCUCCAAGCUGAGCAGGAGGACCUGCUCGAGCGGCAGCGGGACUGCCUGUCCCCUGGCCUGCAGAGGCCCGAGGACCGCUUCAACGCCACCUACAUCAUCUUCUUCAGCCUGGGCGUUGGCAGCCUAAUGCCGUGGAGCUUCUUCAUCACUGCCAAGGAGUACUGGAUGUUCAAACUCGGCAACGCCUCCAGCCCAGCCACAGGGGAGGACUCCGCGGGCUCGGACAUCCUGAACUACUUUGAGAGCUACCUUGCCGUCGCCUCCACCGUGCCCUCCGUGCUGUGCCUGCUGGCCAACUUCCUGCUUGUCAACAGGGUUUCCGUCCAUGUCCGCGUCCUGGCCUCUCUGAGCAUCAUCCUGGCCGUCUUCAUGGUGAUGAUCGUGCUGGUGAAGGUGGACACCUCCUCCUGGACCCGCGGCUUCUUCGCGGUCACCAUGGUCUGCAUGGUGAUCAUGAGCAGUGCCUCCACCGUCUUCAGCAGCAGCCUCUACGGCAUGACGGGCUCCUUCCCUAUGCGCAAUUCCCAGGCGCUGUUGUCAGGAGGAGCCAUGGGUGGGACCGUCUGCGCCGUGGCCUCGCUGGUGGACCUGGCAGCGUCCAGUGACGUGAGUGACAGCACCCUGGCCUUCUUCCUGACGGCUGUCGUCUUCCUUGGGCUCUGCAUGGUGCUGUACCUGCUGCUGCCCAGGCUGGAGUACGCCAGGUACUACAUGAGGCCCAUCUGUCCAGCCCGCGUGUUUUCUGGUGACGAGGAGCCACUCCAGGACUCCACCAGCGCCCCUUUGGUGGCUCCCGGCUCCAGUGACUCCCAGAUACCACCCCUGCGCCCCAUCCUGAAGACGACGGCCAGCCUGGGCUUCUGUGUCCUCUAUGUCUUCUUUGUCACCAGCCUCAUCUACCCCGCCAUCUGCACCAACAUCGAGUCCCUCAACAAGGGCUCAGGCUCCCCGUGGACCACCAAGUUCUUCGCCCCCCUCGCCGUCUUCCUCCUGUACAACUUUGGUGACCUGUGUGGCCGGCAGCUCACGGCCUGGAUCCAGGUGCCCGGGCCCAAGAGCAAGGUGCUGCCGGGGCUCGUGCUGCUCCGGACCUGCUUUGUGCCCCUCUUCGUGCUCUGUAACUACCAGCCCCGUGUCCACCUGCGGACGGUGGUCUUCCAGUCCGACAUCUACCCCAUCGUCUUCUGCUCCCUGCUGGGGCUCAGCAAUGGCUACCUCAGCACCCUGGCGCUCAUCUACGGGCCUAAGAUCGUGCCUAGGGAGCUGGCCGAGGCCACAGGGGUGGUGUUGACCUUUUACUUGUGCAUGGGCUUGCUGCUGGGCUCGGCCUGCUCCACCCUGCUGGUGCACCUCAUCUAGGAGGGGGGCUGGAGGACAUCGGUGCUGCCGGGUGCCUCGGAGCCUCUGCGAGAUGGGGAGGGAGAGCCUGGAAGGCUCGGGGCGUGGAGGAAGGGGCUGGAGUUUCACUUGGUGCAGAGAGCAGAGCACACUCGGGCCUCGUCUCUCCCAAGAUGCCAGCGGGCCAGGUCCACGCCCGUCCCGUGCAAGGCAGAGGCAUUCCAGACAGGUUAACAGAGCACUCCUGCGACAUCUGAAGAAGACACAGCUACAAAGCAGGGGUGUCACCUUCAUAGCUGAUGGUUAACAUUGCACCUCUCCAUAGCCGCUCAGAAAGGUGCGGCCAGCGUUGGACUCUGAGUUGUUACAAAGCCAGUGCCAAAACCCAGCCGCAGGCUGAGUUCUUCCAGCCUGCUCCUUCCAGCUGACAGCAAGAUGCCAGAGAAUUCUCAGCCCUCCCUACCCUGAGGGGGCCCCCUGGAAUGGAGGCCCCCCAGGGUGGCCAGUAUUCAGGCCCCAUACCCAAGUGUGAAAAGACCCCUGUGUUCUGUGGGUGAAAGACCACACACCAACCAGACUGAAAAACCCAGAAAGACAGGCCUUCUAUAAAUAGGCUUCAUUCCAGAGGCUCUAGAAGGACCAGAGGGACCAGAGGGCUUCCCUGUGCUAGGGACCAGUGUGGCAGGACGGGUUUUCAAACAGAUCCUAUGGCCUGGGUCAGGGCAGGGAUCUUCUAAUCUUGAUGUUUACGGCACCAAGAAGUUGGCCCUUGAACAACAGGCCAAGGCCAUUGGUUUAAGGGCAUAAUAAAUACUUGAGUGUUCAGCGUAAGCCUCAAUUACGCCUGUAUUAGUCAGGGUCUUGGCAGGCGGUGGCAUACUCAGAUUGGGUAAUUUGAGGAUAUUCUGAGAGCAGGUGUAGGAACACCAAGGGGUUACGUAUUCUAUCUGAGAACUAGUCGUAGUGAGAGCAUUCUAGCCCAGGCUUGAUGUGGGGCUGGGAAGGAGUCCCUCUAGAGCCCAGAGACGUGACUGUGCUUGGGGGUGCACAGUCUAGCCUGCUGUCACCCCACAGGAGGGAGCUAAAGGGACAAACUCCCUCCCUCCCCUCCUCUGAUCCCUCCACGCCCUGUGGCUUAUACCAUGGCCAGGAGCAGGUGGAGAGCGGACAUGGGGGCGGGGAGGUGUCCGGCCCAGGGUCUCAUCCAUCAUGGGGCCAGCAAGCACCUCGGCUUUCAUGGGUUUCUUUGUCAUAAAACAUCAGUGGUGCUGAAGCUUUGAUCCUCAGGAUUGAGUGUUGCUCUGUUCCGGUUCGUCGUGGGUAGUUGCUGUGUGUGAUGAAGGAUGACUCGGGGGCUCUGUGUGCCCCACCUUGGAGACUCUGGCCCCCUCACCUUUGCCAGCCCCUGAUGCAAACAGUAAUUUACAUUUUUUCAGGUGCCUUGAAGGCUCCCACAAGGCUGUUCCUUGGGGCGGCAGGCUGGCUUGGGAAUCAGAGAGAAAGGCGCCAGAUCAGACCGGGAGUUCUUAAGAAUCUCGCAGGAAGAACAGAGCUUGCCCCCAAGAAGCGGCAACCUGGAGAGCUAUAAAUCAGCCCUCUCCUCCUCUGCGGGAGCUCGCUGGCUUGGCGGAGUCCUGCGGAGGCUGAUUAAACCGGGAGACAGUCGGUAAUCCACCCAGUGGCGGCAGUUGAUGUUCCCCACCGUCUCAGUCUAGUACGCACUCCCUCUUCCUGGACCGAGAAUUGAAGAGGACAUCCUUGAAAGGGUUUCUGAAACUUGAUACCUACAAAAAAAAAAAAUUCUCCCUUGCCUGUUUUGCAGGAACAUGAAAUCUCCCCCUCGGGUUUUUCACCAACUUUAAUGCUGGGGAUGAUUUGGGGCAUCGGUCUCGCGGGUGACUCAGUUUUAGAAAUGGACAGCAUGCCGGCUCUCAAGUAAGCCAGCAGUGGCUGAGCUCAGAGCGGGGGACCACCCUGAGCUAUGAGGAGGGAGCGGUGGGGGUCUCGGGCUCUGCAGAGAGGGGGUGGCUUUCAGGGAGUGGAGGAGGCAUCCCUGUGACAGCGAUGAUGGGAAGUUAGCGUGAGUGCAGAGGAAGAGGCUGGCCAGCCGUGGAGAUGCUGUGACAUGGGGACUUGGCUGGGACAGGGGAGGCCGCUCGUAGUUGGGAGGGGCUGGCUGCUUGGCUGGUUGGUGGGGGGACUCUCUGGGCUUUUGCCUGCACCCCCUUGUUACUCGCCUGAGUGGGCAUUUCAUGAAGGAUCGUUCCCUCCCAGGGAGGAAGGACAAUGAAAAUGCAUGGCCAGGCGGAGGGGUGGCCAGGGGAGCUCAGGCAUCUUUGUUCCCCCUUCGCUGUGGGAGCAGCUCAUGGGCACCAGCUGCUCUGGGUCUCAAGUCUCACGUGCCCCCUUGUGAGCCCGCUCAUGCGUGUGGGGGGUGAGCAAAACUCAAUACUGAGAUGGGGAGUUUUCAGUGAGGGAGCUAGACGGGGUGUCCCUAAAAGUUGCCUUUGUCUAAUAGUUCUCUGACUUAAUCCCAGGUGCCAGUUUUUAGGGCACCAUACACACCUUCAUUUGCCUCCUUUUUUUCAACAAAGAAAGCCAGAGGCAGCCCCAUGAAUGGACUCUUCAACUAGUGGAUGACAGGGACUUGUAAGAAAAUGCUCAUUCCUAGGUGCAUGGGGACCUGAGGGGACUUGAACCAGGGGUGGUAUCACUAGCACAGACCCCUCAUCUUCCACCCAGUGCCCCUGGGAGAAGACUUGGGCCCCCUCAUCAAGCUUGGAGGCAAUGUGGGAGGGGGAGCCCGGCUUCUGAACCCCUGUCACCCUUUCACAGAGAGCUGCACGUAGAAGAGAGAGGGGCCAAUCUGUCGACAUAUUUUAUUCCAGUUAAGUUUAAGCUUAAACCCCAGUGCUUGUCUCAACUGCGUGGGCUUUCUGAGUGGGAGUUUCUAGUGUGUAUGUCACCAUUAUCACUUCCUUGGUGGCAGCAUUGUCAGUGUCAGUGUUGCCUAGGCCCGUGUCACUGUUGCCCUCCACCCACUAGCUGAGGCCAGCCCAGUUCCCAGUCUGGCUUUGACCCUGGCAGGAUCCCAGACGGAAUUUCAGCCUCACCAGCAGGUGGAAGCUGAGACUAGGCAUGUAGCCACAGGGCCAGAGGCCAGGACAGACUUUCCACCCUGCCGCCCAGAUUCCUACCCUGUGCCAGACUGUACCUACAUGCCUUCUCCAUCUGUAGAUAAACACGGUGAGGCUCAGAGAGGGUAGGUAACUUUACCAAGGUCACUCAGCUACCAAGUAGGAAUCAAACCUAGGUCUUCCUAAACUCAGAAGUCCUUACCUGCCCUACCCUAUUCCUCCCCUAGUUGAGUCUGGACUUCCUCCUUGGUUCUUCACACCUGUCACCCCUUUUCCUUGCUAAGUUGAUGUAUGGCCCAGAACUCUGUCGCUGGCCCUGGCCUGAGUUGACCUGCCUGGUAUAGCCAGCCAGGCCCCUGCUGGACUGUGCCCCCCUGAUCCUGACCUGGGCUUACACACACCUCUCCUUGUUGGGCACGGGGUCUUGUUGCCCCCUGCCCAGUCUCCAGACACCAGCCCUCUGGGCCCCACAUCCCCCUUCCCCAUACCAACCCCUGCUGCUGAGGUCACCCCCACAGGGCUUGCAGCUGAUGGACCUGUCUUGGGACAGCAGGGUUAGGGGACAGUUUUGAAGGUCAGGGAGUCUUGCUGCCAGCCCUACCAGGCACUGGCUGUGUGAGUCAACCUUCUGGAAUCUCAUCUCCUCAUCCAUAAAAGAGGGAUAAUAGUAAGUCCCAGAGCUGUGACCAUCUGCUGAGCCACUGAGCCAGUGAGUCACCCCAGCCGUGCCCACUCCCCAGCCCACACAGGCGAGAGCUGCCCCAGGGCGCACAGCCUCUGCAGCAAGUGACUCAAGGGCACAGGGCACACUCUCUGCCCACACCCAGGCUUCAGCCACUCAAGAGGUGUGAAGGCAGCCUCAGCCUGAGAUGACGACCUCAACUUUCAGCUGGCCUGGGCUGGACCCCGAAGAAGAAUGACAAAGAUGGCCAUUGCUCUCUGCCUCUACAAGACUCCAGCCAGCUGAUCCGCUGGCCCUAUGCACCCCACUAGCAAUAAUUUCUACCCUUGACUGGAAGUCACAGGAGCUCCAGGGCCACAGCACAGGGCCAAGGAAUGGACAGUCAGGGCUCCAGGUGCCUGGAUGAGGCUGGCAUGCUGGUCCGCCACCCUCCUGGCUGGGUCAUUUCAGCCAAGUCUUGCUGAUGCCUUUUUCUCACGUCUAAAAUGAGAAGCAUAUCAGGGCUGUAGAAAGGAUUAACUAAGCCCCAAUGUUGUAUGUGAAAGUACCUGACAUAUAGAAGAUUGUCAAGAAAUUUGUUUUUCUUCCACUUUUUGCUCUGCCUGGAUAGUUUGUGGCAAUGCCCAACUGCAUUUCUGUGGCAGGUUGUACGCUGUACCUGCCAUUCGGCACACCUGCCUGGGCCCCAGGCCUAGUACCUGAUGCCUGUUUGACACCCAGACGCUCUGCUUGGGUCUGCCUGCCCAGACAUGCCUGACCUGGGGCAGGGCGCACCGGGCGGAAAGCUGAAAGUCCGAGACCACAGACCAAGCUCUGCUGCUCACUUUGUCCUUUGAGUGAGCUACUUUACUUUUUUCUAGGCCUCUGCUGGGAGAUUGGGCACCCCAGCACCUAUCCUAGCUCCAUCAUGAACACACAGCCAUGAACACGGAUGCCCUGUGGAAACUGGUCAGAUUCCAACAUGGUUACAAUGAGAGCCUGGGAUCUGGAGUCAGCCUGCCUGGGUUUGAGUCCUCGCCACUUCCUGGCUGUGUACCUGAAGGCAAGUCCAACCCCUGCCUCCAUUCUCUCGUCUGAACAAUAGGAGUGAUUGUAGUACUGACCUAAUAUCUGAUGAUUAUGAUAUACUGGAAUGCAUAUAAAGCAAUUACAAUGAAGCCUGGUGCUAUAGACUGAA